AUGUCUGGAGACCGUCGCCAGGCUGCCUUGCCCGAGGGGAUGGUGGCACUGCUUGGCUGGCUGGUGCGCCUGGCCUGUUCUAAGCGGUGUCGCUGCUGCAGGUGGCGAUGGCUGGCAGUGGGGCUGGUGUCUGGCCUGGCCUGCCUGUCCGUGGUCACCUUCCUGGGCAGCGGCAGCCAUGAGGAGCUCUUCUCACGUACCCUUGACCUCUGGCUGCCCUCACCCCCCACCGCCCCCACUGCCCCCCUGCUCCUGCCGCCCGCGGGUGCCUUCCUGCUCCAGCCCCCGGAGGCGGUCUGUGACCCAGGGGGCCCCUUCCUGCUGGUGCUGGUGGCGAGCGCGACAGAGCACAAGCGGCAGAGGGAGGCGGUGCGGCAGAGCUGGGGCGGGGCGCGCCGGGCGGGGGGCCAGGCUGUGCGGACCUUCUUCGUGGUGGGGCUGCCGGCUGAGCCCGGGGCGCAGGUGGCGUUGGAGGAGGAGGCCCGGCGACAUGGGGACCUGAUCCAGGGGCGCUUCACCGACACCUAUGCCAACCUGACACGCAAGACGCUGGCCCUGCUGGGCUGGGCCACCACCUGCUGCCCUGGUGCCCGCUUCGUCCUCAAGGCCGACGACGACGUCUUUGUCAACCUUCCCGCCCUGGCCCGCCACCUGGCCACCCUGCCCAGCGACGCCGACCACCGCCACUACCUGGGCCGUGUCCACUGGCGCUCCCGGCCCCACCGCAACCCUGCCAGCCGCCACCACGUGCCUGCGGCCCUCUACCCACCUGACACCUUCCCACCCUACUGCAGCGGCACCGCCUACGUUCUCUCUGCCCCUGCCAUGACCGCCAUCCUGGCCGCCGCCCCCCACCUGCCCCUUCUGCCCAUUGAGGACACCUUCAUCGGCCUCUGUGCCUGGCAGGCUGGCAUCGCCCCGCGCCAACUGGUCCGCAUGGCCGGCACCAACCACUUCCCGCCAGACCCCUGCUGCUACCGGGAAGUCCUCUUCAGUGUCCAUGGCGUCGGGCCCUCUGCCAUGUUGGACGCCUGGCAGGCCCCGGGCCACGGAGAGGCCUGCAGCCCCCUCCAGCGCGGCCUGGGUGUCCUCCGCUGCCGCCUGCUGGCCUGGUGGGCGGCUGCCCGGUGA